AUGAAUCCUUCUAAGCCUUUUACUGUUGUAUUCAUUUUGGCUAAUGUGAUUCUGUUAGCUAUGGUGUCAGCAAACAAGCAACCAUGCCCUCCAAAAACACCAAGUGUCCGAAUUUCAAAAGAUACCCAAAAGUUUGGUGUUUGUGGCGACUGGCUGGGGCUGGUUCAUGAGGCCAUUGGGGCUCAACCGGAUAGUGAAUGUUGCUCAUUGGUGAAGGGUCUAGCAGACCUUGAGGCAGCAGCGUGUCUGUGCACAGCACUUACGGCUAAUGUGCAUGGUGUCCUCAAGGUUAAAGUGCCUAUUGCACUUAGUUUGGUGGUCAAAGUUAUGGAAUAA